AUGAUUGAAUCAUCUAAUUCAAAAGUUCAAGGUGAUGAGGAAAAAGUUGAUUUAGAAGUUAAUGUUGAAAAAACAAAUACAUCGGGAUCAUUAAUAAGAGAAAAUAUGAAUGAUGAAAGAAUACAAAAUCAAGGAUUAAAUUUAUUUGUUACAGGGAUUGCAGAGAGGUUAAAAGAAUCAGAAUUAAAAGAAAUGUUUUCAGUUUAUGGAAAAGUUGAAAAAUGUCAAAUUAUGAUUGAUCCUCAUACAAAGGAAUCCCGAGGAUUUGGGUUUGUUCAAAUGUCAACGAUAGAAGGAGCAAAUGCUGCACGAGAAGGAUUAACAGGAGAAGAACGAUAUGGGCAAGUAUUAAGUGUAGACCGCGCACGUCGUAAUAGACCACGGACUCCAACACCUGGGAAAUAUUAUGGUCCUCCAAAAAAAUAUUAUAUACAGGAAAACAGGCAAUUGCCGCCCUUAUUAUAUCAUAGAUAUAAUCGUUAUAAUCGUUAUGACUAUGAUAGAGGAAUGCAUGAUCGUUUUAAUUUCUAUUAUAAUGAACGGAAUUUUCGUAUAAAUUAUGCAGAACGUUAUGAUGGACGUUAUGAUGAUUAUUAUGGAUAUGGAAGAGGAUAUGGACGUAAAAAAAAUGAAUAUUUUAGAAGAUACUAUAAAAAUGAUCAUAGAUAA